AUGGACGCCGGUGCAUUGGACGGACGCUCUAUUGGCAAGGUCACUCACAGUAAGGUUCCCAAUAACCUGCGAGUGUCAGGCAACCACAAAUUGAGAAUCCAAUAUGUCAACCUGGAACUUCAGGGCAACCAUGAGAGCCACUAUACCCAGGGGUUCAACUCUAAAACCCUGGUGGUGCGGAGAGGAACACCAUUCAAAAUCACCCUGUUCCUGAAGGGACGAGCCUUCAACCCACACACUGACACCCUGAUGUUCAGAAUCCUCCUAGGUCGGCUGUACGCAGAGUUCCCCGUCACCUUCUCCAAGCAGGGAUCCCCCUCCCGAUGGAGUGCCUACUUCACCCCCAAAGGCCUGAACCCCAACUCUCCCUCUCUGUACAUAUCAAGCCCUGCCUCUUCCUCCAUAGGGCGCUACAGUAUUCAGCUCCACGUGCUCACACAGCACGGUCAGCAGGGCUACGUGGUGGGAGACUUUGUUCUCCUUUGCAACCCCUGGUGCCACGAGGAUGCAGUGUACAUUCCCUUCGAAGACCAGAGAGAGGAAUAUGUAAAUAAGGACUCUGGUUUAUUGUACAUGGGGACCCCUAAAAACCUUCAAUCAAAACCUUGGUCGUUCGAUCAGUACGAGCCAGAGAUUCUGGAUAUUUGUCUGAAGCUGCUCCAGGUCAGCCCGCAGCACGGCAGGAACUGGCAGAAGGACUACCUAGGCCACGCCGAUCCUAUCUACCUCAGUAGGGUGGUGUCUGCCAUGAUCAACUGCGAGGACGACCGAGGAGUCCUGAGAGGGAACUGGUUGGGCGAUUUCAAGAACGGGGUGCCCCCCUCCAAGUGGACAGGAAGUGCGGAUAUUUUGAGGCAGUGGGCCAAGUCCAAGUUCAGCCCAGUGAUGUACGGCCAGUGCUGGGUGUUUGCUGCUGUGAUGUGCACAGUCAUGAGAGCUCUUGGUAUUCCAUCCCGUGUCAUCACCAACUUCAACUCAGCCCAUGACACCAACGGCAACCUGGUCAUCGAGGAGUUUUACUCUGAGACGGGCAAGAAACUACCUCACAGUAAAGACAGCAUAUGGAAUUUCCAUGUAUGGGUGGAGUGUUGGAUGACCCGGCCAGACCUGGGUGCAGGAUUUGACGGAUGGCAGGUUUUGGAUCCAACCCCGCAGGAGAGGAGCGAAGGAAUCUUCUGCUGUGGCCCAGCCCCAGUGAAGGCUAUCAGAGACCGGCGUGUGGACCUGGUCUACGACAUCCCCUUUGUGUAUGCUGAGGUGAAUGCUGACGUCCAAACGGUCAUUGUGAAGCAGGGCCAGGUGCUGAGUUCCAGCACAGACACAGAGAGAGUUGGUUCCCUCAUCGUCACCCAGACCGUAGGCUCACCAAGGCCUCAGAACAUCACAGGGAACUACAAACCCACCAAAGGGUCAACCCAGGGCCUCUUAGUGUCUCUGAGCCUCCCUAAAGUGCCUGUGGCUGGGGAAAACAUAACCUUCACAGUCAUGGUCACCAACAUGGACAGCAUCCCCAAGGUGCUGAGGGAGCAUGUCAACGCUCAGACCAAGGAGUACAACCGUAGUCCCUCAGACACCUUCUGGGAGGUCCAUAACGUCAUCCGGAUAGCGCCGCAUGAAGAUAAGGCCAUUCAUCACCUGAUCGACCAUGCCCAGUAUGAGUCUCUGAUGGGAGAUGACUUGGUCAACCUGGCUGUGGUCAUGGAGGACGAGUGCACUCGGGAGAGAGUCUUGGCCUCAGAGGAGUUCAACAUCACCAGCCCUCAACUCUCCAUACAGAUUGCAGAUGAAGACUCCGUCAUGCCACACAAGGAGCACACAGCCCUCGUAGUCUUCUGCAACCCCUUCUCUGUACCUGUGAGCGGCCUAUUAACCGUGACUGGCUCUGGUUUGAUCGAGGGGGAAAUGCACUCAAGUAUUCAACUGUUAAAGCCAGGGGGCACUAUGGAGAGGAGCGUCGGUUUCAUUCCGAGGAUGGUGGGAAAAAAGAUGUUGCAGGCUACUCUCGUCCUCAAAAACAACUCUGCAAAAAUUAUAGGCUACAGAAUGAUCUCUGUGAAGUCAGCUUAGUCAUUU